AUGGCAAGCCUGGACGAGUCGCGCAUGAAAGAGCUGUUAAAAGAAGCCAACGCAGAAAUCACAAAAGAACUACGUGAAUUCCGCGGAGAAGUGAAAGCCUUUCGUGAAGAAACAAUAAAGGAGAUGUCAGAAAUUAAAGAAGAAAUGCAACAUCAAAAAGCCAAAAUGGAGGAGAUAACGAGGAGAGUGGAUGCAGCUGAAGACAGAGGCAGGUGCGCUGACGAGCGGGACGCGAUCCUUGUUGAUGUAAUUAAAACACUGACACAAGAAGUAGGCGAAAUGGAAAAAAGAGUUGAAUACCUGGAAAAUAAGUCACGACAGAUGAAUGUGCGUAUUUAUAACGUCAAGGAGGAUAACGACCCAACAGAUAUGAUCAAUUUUGUGGAGACGCUCCUACAUGAGGCGCUGCAGCUGCCCAGGGAGAAACUUCGGCUCUUGGCAGCGCACCGCUCGGCGGCGGGGAUCAGGCCAGACGCACGCACUAAGCCACGGAGUAUCAUCGUACGUUUCCCCACAUGGGAGGCCAAGCAACUGGUACUGAGAACCGCAUGGAUGAAAAAGGAGGUUUUGUAUCGAGGAGAGCGCAUCUAUUUGGACCAGGACUUUACAACUAAACUACAAAAUCAACGAAAAGGAUACAUGCGAAUCCGAAACCACAUGAAGGAAAAUGGGAUAAAAUCGCAUAUUCGCUAUCCAGCAAAGUUACUGGUGAUUGAGGACAAUGGACAAAAGAUCUAUAACACGCCCCAAGACGCAGAACGGGCCUACGGCCUCACGGAGAGUGCUGUGGCUCCAGAGCGCGGAGCGUGGAUUCAGCAGCUGCAACGCACAGGAUGGGAGACUGUCCAGCGCUCCAAGAAGAACUAA